ACGAUUCUAUACGAGCUCUUCUAAUAAUUUAAAAAUAUCAUAUAACAAUGCAAUUAAAAAAUCCAAUUAAUAACUCAAGUGUCAUAGGAAAGUAUACGUUUCUACGAGAUAGAAAUUCAACUAAAUAGAUAUUACUGGAUCUUAGUUUAGCUACAACUAACUGCAAAUUGGUUUCAGCGCAGCACGUCGCGUCGGUCCGAGCAACAGAGUGCCCCGUACCCCGUGUGCCGUGUGUUGUGUACACCCCCGCCCACGUAUUAUUUGUGUGUGCGGCUAGCCAGCCCGAAGCUAGCCAGCCCACGCUUUCCUCGGUGAUUCAACGGGGAAAGCAACCGCCUGCAACAGAUCUCCUUUCCACGCGGAUGAUGCAUUCGCUAAUCCGCGAGAAACAAUCCCGGGCGCGCUACCGUGCCGCGUAAAGAGAAACCACCUUAAUGCGACACUGCGGACGAGUAUGAUUCUGGCUGGAUCAGACCACUUCUUGGCGGUACCUGUGGAAGCGACUGCAGUUUUGGGUGCCGUUGCCGGUUUCGUAGUGCUCCUGCUAGCUCUCUUUCUUUACCUGUCCCGGAAGUGGUGCUUCACGCCGCCCUCAUCCACCACGCUCUUCGGCGGAGUCUGUGUGCCUCUCUGUGAGUCCACCAACAGCUCCACAUCUCAAAUCUCGAAAAAUAUAGGCAAGGCAUUUUCUUAUUCGGAUCCAGAAACAAGUUCCGAUUCAGAGGAAGACGCUCUCCGACGAUUAAAUUCGCGUUCACUUCCUCCGCCGGAUACGUUGACUAUCCAAGCGGAGGACGGACCAACGACUAUCUUAGAUGCUGGGACCACUUCCAGUAGCUGCACUGAGGAACACUCUCCAGCAGAUCAACAACAGUGUGUGGUGGAAGUUGGAGCUUCUAGUAUUAUACUCGAUAAUCGAGAGCAGGAGAUACAAGUUGAGCAAAAUGACUCUACGACCAAUGACGUCAUCACAACGAUGGGUACAGUGGCUACCGAGGAAGUUGGUAGUCUGGAAGUCGCUUUCCUAUAUGAUGCUCCAAUGCGUGAGAUGACAGUUCACGUCUUACAGGGGCGGAAUUAUCCUCCUGGCAUUAAUGGCAGUCAGGUACGAUUAGUCCUGCUACCAUCAAAAAAACAAAGACGUAAGACACGAGUUCGACAAGGGACAUCUCCGCAAUACAUGGAGAGUUUUUUGCUUCCUCGUGUAAAUCCAGAGGAUGUAAAUGCAAUGGGAGUACGGCUCAGAGUAUAUCUGUGGGGUGGCAGAAUGAUGCGUCGGGAAAGACUGCUGGGCGAAGCCAGAGUGUCUUUCGAUCACAUUAAUCUCCAGUUGGAAACGACCCUAUGGUUAACUCUUCAACCCCCACUUUCUUCCUCGGCACAGGAUUGGGGAACCACCAGCAGUCUAACUCGUAGCGAUUCCACGGGAUCCCAACAGUCGGUCCAAUCGUAUGCUUCUCCGGCUGUACCACCUUACGGCAGCAGCAUGAAGGGAGGCAGUGUUGCUGAAAUCCUAAUCGGUUUGGCGUACAACGGCACGACAGGUCGCUUAUCAGUUGAAAUAAUCAAGGGUUCCCAUUUCCGUGGUGGAGGCGGAAACGAUACGAAACCUCCUGAUACUUACGUCAAAUUGGCUCUUGUUGAUACCAAUAAUCAUGAAAUGGGCCGAUCUAAGACCGGUUUGAAACGUGCCCAACCGAAUCCCCUCUAUAAGGAGACUUUUAUAUUUCAGGUCGCGUUGUUUCAAUUGGGAGACGUGACACUCUACCUCUCUGUAUACAAUCGUCGACGAGGUGGAAUGGGUAGGAAAGGGCGAGAAAUGAUCGGCUGGCUUUGUUUGGGUCUGAAUAGCUCCGGAUCUGAGGAGCUACAGCAUUGGAACGAUAUGCGGAUAGCGAGACAACCGAUACAAGUGCAACGCUGGCAUUCGCUAUUGCGUCCUUGAGGUGUCUUCGUAUCCAGUGAUUAAACUAGUUUUUUCACAAAGCAUGCAAAUAUCUCUACCUCCGACUUUGAUGGCCGUGGAUAUGUUGUGGAGCAGUUAAAAAAAUGAGGGGGAUAUUUUUAUUAAAAUUUACAUUGCCUGUUUGCAGGUAAAUUUAAUUCUGAACAUCAAAAUUGUAAGGUAUGUAAAAAGAUAACCGAGAUGAAUGGUAUUUGUAUCUUGUUAUAUGAUAUCAUCAUAAAUCAUUUAUACAGGAUAUUCGAAGAAAGGGUCUCAAACUUGAAGGAUGUUCACUAGAGAAACAAGAAAUGAUUAUCAUAGUUUAAAAAAAUUAACUUUAUGUCAUAGAUAGACACGAUUUCUUGUUUUGACAAUAUAGAUGAUUCACGUUUUAUUUUAUAUAGGUAGCCAGAUAUUGCUUUUUACUUAAAUUGAUCCUUGUUAUUCUA